GUGGUUUUUCCGCCUUUCCGACCGGACCACGCCAGCCAGCCAGCCACUCUUGGUUUCGUCACUUGCCUGAACACUGGCCAGGGAGAAGUUCAACUGCCAAAUUGCUACUAUCAGUAUUGAUUUGCUCAAUAACGUGUACUCCAUCUAUCCUUAACUUGCGCCAUCCAUAAUAAUCCCUUGAUUAUCACCAGUAUCUGCCCCGCACUUCCGGUCCCGCCGGUGAAUCCGUUGCCAGUUUCACCUCGUACAUCACGUAUAUAUUGCAAACAACCAAUCGGAACACUCCAAUACAGGAUUCUCUCAGCUCAGCUCACCAAGAGACAACAUGCCGGGUCAAGAACCCAAAACCCCCAGGGUGAUCUCGCGAUGCCCGUUGGACGGCAAAGAUGCCGAAUGGAAACGACUCGUCAAAAUCACAUACGCGGACCCGAAUGGGGUACCACGGACGUGGGAGGCCGCCGAGAUGCAGACUCGGCCGAAAGACAGCAUCAUCGACGGAGUCAGCAUCGUGUCCGUGUUGAAUAAGCCGGCCGGACCAGAACUGCUCCUGUUAAAGCAAUACCGGCCCACGCUCGACAAGGUCGCGAUCGAGCUACCAGGCGGGCUGAUCGAUGCGGGGGAAACGCCGGAGCAGUGUGCCGUCCGGGAGCUGAAGGAGGAAACCGGGUAUGUUGGGGUUUUUGACAGCCGGACUGGUGUGUUGUUCAACUCGCCUGGACUCAGUAACAACUGUUUCAACCUCGCAUAUGUCAAUGUGGAUCUCUCCCUGCCGGAGAAUCAACACCCUGUUCCUGAGCGGGAAGAAGACGAAUUUAUCGAGUGCUUCAGCCUGCCGCUUAAGUCUCUCUUUUCAGAGAUAAAGCGGUUAGAGGGUGAAGGGCACGCGAUAGAGACACGGGUCGUUGCUCUGGCCGAGGGGAUUGAAAUGGCCCGGAGAUGGGCAUUGUAAACUUGUCUCACAUUAAUCAAGAUAAUUACUAUAAUAAAUGCAAGAUAGAGUCUUCUCG